UUAUUUCUCUUUUGUAGGCCCUUACACCAUAAAUGACAUCACAACUGUGAUUGAUAAUCUUAAGAACAAAUAUGGCGAUAUUAUGCGACUGCGCAUGGGGAAAGACUUUGUUGUGUACAUAUCACAUCCUGACUUGGCUAAAACCGUGUUCCAAUAUCCAUACCAAGAACAUGUUAGAGUUGGUCUCGAUAUAAUGGAAGUGUACCACAAGAGAACUGGAACCAAAAAAGGACUGAGUUUAUUGCAAGGAGAAGAAUGGUUAGCGUUACGACGGCCAGCCCAAGAAAAGAUGCUCAAACCUACAGUGGUUGCUGAUUAUGUUCCUAUGAUUGGAAAUGUUACUAAUGACUUUGUAAAACGUCUAAGACAACAACAUACAGUGACAGAUUUACUGGAGGAACUCUUUAAAUACACCACAGAAAGCGUAGGAAUGUUGUGCUUUAAUAAGAGAUUGGGAUGCCUCGACAGCUCUCCAAAUACCAAGUUGAUCAAAGCGCUAGAGGACAUGUUUACAACAAUGCAACAAUCAUUUCUUCUUCCAUUUCCAACAUAUAAAUUCUUCCGAACUAAAAUGUACACAGCCUUUGAAAGAAGUCAACAGGUUUUAAAUGAGAUAACACACAAAGAGAUUGAAGAUCAAGUAAUGGUUCUAACGAAGCUGAAGGAAGAAGGUAAACUGGAUGAUUAUCUCUCAAAAGAUCCGAAUUUCAUGCACUCAUUGCUGUCGGAUCCUAGAUUGUCCAAAGAAGACGUGGUCGGCUUGAUAACAUCAUUGUUUGGAGGAGGAAUAGAUUCGACUGCGAAUGGUAUGGUAUUCGUUCUAACGGAUUUAGCAUUAAACCAAGACAAACAAGAAAUAUUAAACCAAGAAAUCCAACAAGUGUUAGGUGACCAGCAGACUGUGACGAAAGAACAUUUAUCAAAAAUGUCUUACUUAAAAGCAUGUGUUAAAGAAUCGCAAAGGAAAGUAUUUCCAGUAUUAUUUGGAGCUGCUAGAGUUACAGAAAAUGAUUUGGUUGUUGGUGGAUACCAAAUUCCUAAAAACAUGCUAGUUAUUUUAAAUAAUAUGUGCAUGUGCAAUGACGAACGAUUUUAUCCAAAUCCAAAACAAUAUAUUCCUGAAAGAUGGAUGCGUAAAUAUAAAGAUGAAACGAUUGCGAAAGGAAAAGAUUAUCCAUUCGGAUUUAAACCAUUUGGAUUUGGUCCACGAGGCUGUGUUGGUCAAAGGUUUGCUGAAAAUGAAAUUUACAUAGGAGUCGCCAAGAUAAUACAGAACUUUAAAAUUUCUAUGCCUUCAGGAAUAAAGGAAGUAAAACAUGUCAACAGAGUAUUUACAUCACCAUUAGACAAGGUUACUGUACUCCUUACAGAAAGAAACUAGUUUCCAUCAACAUGACCUUGAACUCGUACAAUAUUACAAAUAUAUUAAUUUAGAGGCUAUAAUGAACAUGUUCAGACCACAUGACAUUUUUGCAAACAAGUGACACAAUGCAAUAAGACUAUUUCUUGUGGCGGUUGAGCUAAGUGUGCGAUGUUUUAUUAAUAAACAUGCUUCAUUCGAUUUGUAAGAUAAAUAUGCACUUUUGCAUAAGAAUUUACAAUCAUUGUGUUUCAGCAAUAUUUCCUAUACUUUUAAUUAUGUAAUGACCAUAUAUUUUAGUCAAUAAAUGAUUAGUCUUAUAA